AUGUCUUACCCAACUGAAGAAACAAAAGGUAGAGCAAUUAUGAUCUUUUGGGUUAUUUUCAACUUGGGUGCAGUUAUUGGUUCAAUUAUUCCAUUGGCUGAUAAUAUUGAAAAUGUUGGAUCUGCCGCAAAUGAUGGUACUUUCAUUGCCUUUAUCGUCUUGAUGAUUUGUGGAUCUGGUGUUGCAUUUUUCAUGUUACCAAUGUCUAAAGUUUGGAAAUCUGAUGGUACUAGAGUCGUUGCUAAAAAACAUCCAAAUUGGAAAGAUGAAUUAAUUGGACUUUGGAGAACUUUGAUCCAAGAUCCAAGGAUUUUAUUUUUGUUCCCAAUGUUUUUUGCUUCUAAUUGGUUCUAUACUUAUCAAUUCAAUAAUGUCAAUUAUGGUCGUUUCAAUUUGAGAACUAGAUCAUUGAAUUCAUUGUUGUACUGGUUAGCUCAAAUGUUGGGUGCUAUUGUCUUGGGUUAUAUUUUAGAUUUCAAGAAAUUUAAACGUUCUAUGAGAGCAAAGAUUGGCUGGGCCAUUUUGUUCAUUACUGGAUUGGCUAUUUGGGGUGGAGGUUUGAAAUUCCAAUUGGGUUUCACUCGUGAUGAAGUUGAAUCUGAUACUCCAUCUAUUCAUCCAUUAGAUUACACUGAUGGUGCUUAUAUUGGUCCAAUGUUUCUUUAUAUCUUUUAUGGUGUUUAUGAUGCUAUUUUCCAAACUUUUACAAUUUGGAUUAUGGGAGCUAUGUCCAACAAUCCAAAGAAAACUUCCCUUUAUGCUGGUUUCUAUAAAGGUAUUCAAUCAGCCGGUGCUGCUAUUGCCUGGAGAUUGGAUGCAGUUCAUACUCCUUAUAUGAGCAUGUUUGCUUCCUCUUGGGCUUUGGUUCAAGGUUCUUUAUUGAUUGCCGUGCCACUUAUUUUCUUUAUGAUUUCAGAUACCACUGCUUUUGAAGAUGACGACAUGGGUGGUAUUGUUGAUGAUGGUGAAUUAGAAGUUGUCAAGUCUAAAGUCGAAUAUGUAGAAAGUAAAUAG